GGGUGGGACCCUGGCCCCACACUGCCUGCAGGGUGGCUGCCAACGUCGGGGUGGGGGUGGGGCGGCGCCCCAAGUUGCAGGCGCUGAUAAGGACAGCGGGCAGAAGCCUGGGUGGCAGGAGGUGUGACAAGCAAGCAGGGCCUGACUGGGAGCUCCUGAACAGUCUUCCUCCUCCUUCGUUCCCGGAGCCCUUGGGCUGGGGAACUGUUUUUCACAGUGAGGCUGCUCACUAAGGAUUUAAAUUUAAACCCAGAAAAGGCGUGGGAAUGGAUGAGCAGCAAGCCAGACAAAGGGCCAGGGAGCUCAGGAUGGCAGGGAUUCCGUGGCCUUGGGGUUUCAGCCUCUUGAACCCCCAAAUCACCCACUCAGUUAAGGCCUUUAUCUGCCUUAGCAGCCCUAGCAGAAGGGAGGGGGCCUAGGGAACAGGCGGACAAGGCCUGGGCUUCCUCUUCUUCACCAGCUAGGCCCAUUUGGGCCUGGUGUGGCCCGGGUCACUUCUGCUUAACAACAGAUACUUUAUUCCAUGUUUCACCCUUAAGAUUCGGUGGAACUAAGUACCACUCCGUCCCAGGGUGUGGCUCUGGCUGCGGAAUCACUUGCUGUCCCUUGAGGAGACCACCAGAACCCAUUAGCGAAUGGGGACGGGCUUUUUAAAGGCACCGUGGCUGUCAGCAAAGGCUGUGCCCUUCCUCCAAAAUUCUAACGCUCUUAGCGUUGGGAUCCAAAACAGUUCCCAGAAAGGCACGUUGUUGUGGAAAGCUUGGGUUCUGAUGGACUUUGGGGAAGUGAUUGGCUAACGAGAGAAUCGUAAUGUGGUGGCGGUACUGGGAGGAAUGGAAACGCAGGAGCGGGCCCAGCUGGAGGAGUAGGGUGCGGGGAGUGCCUUUGCCUGGUGUAUCGUCUCCCGCUCUGCUUCCGGCUGCCAUGAGGUGAGCAGCCUGUCUCCCUCAUGCCCUUGCGCCAUGAUGCUUCUGCUGUGGAACCAGCCCAUCACGGACUGAAACGAAACAAAAUGAUCUUGUAUUGCACCUUAAACACACCUAAAAUUGACAUGCAGAGACUCCUAGGAGGGCAACUAGGUCUUGAAGAUUUCAUUUUUGCCCAUGUGAAAGGACUGAAAAAGGAAGUGAAUGUCUAUAAAUCCGAGGACUCACUUGGACUCACCAUUACAGAUAACGGUGUUGGCUGUGCUUUUAUCAAGAGAAUUAAAAGUGGUAGCGUUAUUGACUCAGUUAAGACAAUCUGCGUGGGAGAUCAUAUCGAAUCCAUAAAUGGAGAAAAUAUAGUUGGAUGCCGUCACUAUGAGGUUGCUAAGAAGUUAAAGGAAUUAAAAAAGGAGGAACUCUUUACUCUGAAGUUAAUAGAACCUAAGAAGGCAUUUGAAAUAGGACCAAGAUCAAAAGCUGGAAAGACGUCGGCAGAAAAUAUUGGUACUGCCAGAGGAACGCUGCGCCUGAGGUCGCAGGGUCCUGCCACUGUGGAAGAAAUGCCUUCUGAAGCCAAAGCAAAGGCGAUUGAAAAGAUUGACGAUCUUCUUGAGCUGUACAUGGGAAUUCGAGAUAUCGAUUUAGCUACCACGAUGUUUGAAGCUGGGAAGGACAAAGGAAAUCCAGACGAAUUUGCUGUCGCACUCGAUGAGACUCUUGGAGACUUUGCGUUCCCGGACGAGUUCGUCUUUGACGUUUGGGGAGCCAUCGGUGAUGCCAGACAGGGCUGAUUUUGACGUGCACGGUCCAGCUCUGGAGAAAUGAACCAUCGUUCUUAAAAAGAGAAUCGCAACUCUGAAGAACUCUCUUAGAUGACUUUAUGAACUCUGGUUUAAUUUUCUGUGUGUGGAAUACAUUCUUUGAAAUAUAAUUUUGAUUUCUGGAUGCCUCUUCAAGCAGCUCCUCAUGUGGUAUGGUUCAGAUAAAUCGCCUAAAAUGUCAGUCUCAAUAUUCAUUCAGAGGCCUUUAAAGGGAAAAUUUAAGGCAUAUUUCCACACAGAUGACUUUGAUCCCCAUCAACACACCUGGGCUUCGUUUUCCACAUUGAGUGAUUGAUUGCAAUAGCUUUAUAAUUUUUUUGUUUGUAUGUUUAUUUUGCAAAAUCUGAAUGUAAUAAAAAUUAGAAUUGGUGUAUGAUUUAUCUCAUAACAUCUCAAUUUUGUUAUAUUAGCUUGAGAAUA